AAAAAGCAGAAAAGAUAGCCGUCGGCCCGCCGGGAUAAAAAGAGCGUUCAACCCCAAAUGAAGCUCCCACCUGUCUUCUCUCCUCAUCUCUCAUUUCUCAUUUUCCUCUCUCCCCUUUCUUCCCAAUCCAUUCUGAUUACUAAAAAUCAACUUAAAAAGAGUGUGAAGUGUUCACCAAUAUCUAUAUGGGGGAUGUGGCUAAAGAUCUUGCUUCUGGGACUCUUGGGGGAGCAGCUCAAUUGAUAUGUGGGCACCCAUUUGAUACGAUUAAGGUCAAGCUCCAAAGCCAACCUGUUCCCCUUCCUGGCCUUCGUCCCAAGUACUCUGGAGCGAUGGAUGCUCUCAGACAAACUUUAGCUUCAGACGGUCCAAGAGGUUUGUAUAGAGGUAUGGGAGCUCCAUUGGCUACAGUUGCUGCACAAAAUGCUGUCUUGUUCACUGUCAGGGGACAACUAGAGUCCUUAUUUAGGCCUUAUCCUGGUGCUUCCCUUGAAGUUAGCCAACAAGUGAUUUGUGGGGCUGGAGCUGGCUUUGCUGUGUCUUUUGUAGCUUGUCCAACUGAGUUGAUCAAGUGCAGAUUGCAAGCUCAGAGUGCAUUGGCAACAUCAAGUUCAGUUGGUGUAGCAGUGAAGUAUGGUGGUCCACUUGAUGUAGCUAAGCAUGUUGUCCAAUCAAAUGGAGUGAAGGGUCUUUUCAAGGGCUUAAUUCCAACUAUGGCAAGAGAAGCACCUGGGAAUGCAGUGGUUUUUGGUGUAUAUGAACUGCUAAAACAAUACUUUGCAGGUGGUCGAGACACGUCGAAUCUAGGAAAAGUCCCAGUGAUGGUGGCUGCAGGUGUAGCGGGAGCUGGCUUUUGGCUAGCUGUGUAUCCAACUGAUGUGGUGAAGAGUGUGAUUCAAGUUGACGAUUUCAAGAACCCAAAGUUCUCUGGGUCUAUUGAUGCUUUCAGAAAAAUCAUGGCCUUAGAAGGAACCAAAGGCCUAUUCAAAGGUUUUGGACCUGCCAUGGCUCGUAGUGUCCCAUCUAAUGCAGCAUGCUUCUUGGUAUAUGAAGUCACUAGAUCUACUUUAGGUUAAUCCAAGAAUUCAUUUGGAACUUCACAUGUUCACUUAUAUAUGCUUAACUGUUAUACCCCUUGUGGCUAAUUAAAAGAAAAGCCAUUCUGAGGUAAUAAAAUUCAACAUGGCCUCUCCAUGUAGUGGUCAUUUUCUUUCCUUUUUAUUUGCACUUAAUUCGACUUUGGUUGUCAACGUUGUGGAAAAAAUUAUAAUAAACGAAGAUUGUGUUGUGUUGAUAUCGUGCA